AUCCUUUCUCAGACUCCGGAUAAUCGCGUCCUUUCUCAGACUCCGGAUAGACACAGGGGCGCAACAAUCUCCCAGAAUGCCGGCUCGCAAGUUUCUGGAAUUUGUUUGUCUUGGGAUGUUUCUCUGCUCCGCUUUUCUUUUUAGAGGGUCACUGCAGGGGGAACACCAGCGGAAACUCUACAAGGAGCUGAUGGACAACUACAACCGCUUGGAGAGGCCGGUCUUGAACGACUCUUCGGCCAUCCUGGUGGAGCUGGGCAUGACGCUCCUGCAGAUAAUCGACGUGGAUGAAAAGAAUCAGGUCCUGAUUACAAAUGCUUGGCUGCAGCUGCACUGGACUGACGUCUACCUGAGCUGGAACCCUGAGCUGUACCCGGGGGUGAAAAACCUACGAUUCCCGUCCAGUCAGGUCUGGGUGCCAGACAUCCUCCUCUACAACAGUGCAGAUGAAAGGUUUGAUGCCACAUUUCACACCAACGUCCUGGUCAAUGCUUCAGGGUACUGCCAGUACAUUCCUCCAGGGAUCUUGAAAAGCACCUGCUACAUCGACGUGCGCUGGUUUCCCUUCGACGUGCAGAAAUGUGACCUCAAGUUCGGCUCCUGGACACACAACGGCUGGCUGCUUGACUUGCAGAUACUUGCCGUGGACACCUCUACCUACAUCCCCAAUGGAGAAUGGGACCUUGUUGAAGUGCCGGCCAAGAGGAACGAGCUUUACUACGAGUGCUGCAAGGAGCCCUACCCCGACAUCACCUUCACGGUGGUGAUGCGCCGCCGCACCCUCUACUACGGCCUGAACCUGCUCAUCCCCUGCGUGCUCAUCUCCGGCCUCGCCCUGCUCGUCUUCCUGCUCCCCGCCGACUCCGGCGAGAAGAUCUCGCUGGGAAUUACGGUUCUUCUGUCUUUGACUGUGUUCAUGCUGCUGGUGGCCGAAAUUAUGCCGGCUACGUCUGACUCUGUGCCUCUCAUUGCACAAUACUUUGCCAGCAUCAUGAUGAUCGUGGGCUUCUCUGUGGUGGUCACGGUGCUGGUUCUUCAGUUCCACCAUCAUGAUCCUCAAGGUGGAAAGAUGCCAAAAUGGGUGAGGGUGGUCCUGUUAAACUGGUGCGCCUGGUUUCUACGCAUGAAGCAGCCCGGGGAGGACCGGAAGAUCCUGGGAUACAGGUACAGCCCCCCGUCCCUCCAACGUCGCUCCAGCAGCAGUAGCAUGGAGAUGAACGCUGUUCCCAGCCAGAUGGCCAGCAGCAGCAGCAACGGCAAUAUGAACAUCUACUACAGCUACCACACGGUGGAGAACCCCUGCUUCCCCCCGAGCAGCGACUCAGGCGUCAUGUGUGGGCGGAGUCCCGGCUCGCCGGCCGAGGACCGGGAGCUGCCCCGGCCGCUGGGGGAACACGCGCAGGAGAUUGGCAAGAUCCUGGAGGAGGUGCAGUACAUCGCCCAGCGCUUCAGGGACCAGGACGAGGGGGAGGCCAUCUGCAACGAGUGGAAGUUUGCGGCAGCGGUGGUGGACCGCCUCUGCCUGGUGGCCUUCACACUCUUCUCCAUCAUCUGCACCUUCACCAUCCUCAUGUCCGCACCCAACUUCAUCGAGGCCGUAUCUAAGGACUUUACAUAACUUCUGUGAAUGGCCAUCGUGAUGGGAAGGGAGAACGGCAGAGAGAGAGAAACGAUAAAGCAAAUGAGUACAGAUUCCCUUUCACUUUCAGUUUGCAUUUAUAUACACAUUUAAAGUUCUAUAUAUGGACACCCACAUAAGUAAUCCAUGAAACGACAUAGCAUUGGCGGUUCCUCUCUUUGCUGAGUUUAACGUCUUUUUCAUGUUUCCUGAGAAGAUUAGAAAGGUGACGUCUCACUGUGAAAUGUUCGUUACAAUAAAACUUCAGAACAGUUAGACUUAGCAGUCAGUUGUAUUUGCCUCCCAGUUCACUUGACUGUUUUUCUUGCGUUUCACCAUGUCUGCUUAAUUCCUGUUUUUAUUUUCGCUUUGAACUUUCAGAGACAUUCUCGUUAAUUUAGGCUGCGGCAUACAGCUGCCAAACACCUUGUGCACGGUAAUAUGUUUGCUUCUUGUGGAGAAACUGACGCCGACAAGCUUCUAGAUAAGGCUGUUUGUUUUUUGGGAACUCAGAAGAAUCACAGCGGGAGAACUGUCCCAGGACGGUAUUAAAUAUUGUAAAGGUUUUGGAAGAAAUGUUAAUUAAAUGUGACAAAACAUCCCUCACUUCUGCAAAGAAUAACCUUCCGUUGGGAACUGAGUGAUCACUGGAAUGAAACGAGACACAGAAAUUCUGAUGAAGCUAUUUAUAGUCAGACCACCUGCUUUUCUUAAGUUUGGUAAUUUGGUUUGUGAGUAAAUUGUGUGAUUGUUCUAACAUUUCCAGGAAAUCCGGCAUGUGGAUCUGCCAGUUCGCUGUACGGUUUAUUCUUCCAGUAAAUGGCAAUGUCACCUGUGUCAUUGUUGUGGGACAAAAACUCCACAGAAUGGAAUAUUCCCAACUUCUGAUGAGAAGUUGAUCCCUUUAUACACAAAAGCUCCACCUUGUUCUGUUAAAAAUAACCGCAGUUGUAUCUUGUUCAGAUUGACUAGCAUAAAUACUUUCUUAAAUUUCAUUAUUAAGAGAUGUGUAAUGUACUUAAUAUUUUGAUUGCCUAAGAAAUGUUGUAACUUAAACCGAGGAAUUGACAGCUGAAUCCUGUGUUCAUGAAUUUGAUGGUCUGGUGAAAUUCAAGCAUCUUCUGAUAAUUAUACAAUAACAGUGGAACUGCUGUCUUAAUCGUGGGCAACUAUCAAAGAACAUAUAAAUGCUUUGAAUGCACAUUCUUGAAUUCACAGACAAAUUGGUGCAGCUGUUAAAUUAUGUCAUUUGAAAUAUUCAGUUAACAGCCAAUUUGAAAUGUAACUUAGACUAAUUAUCAGUGAGGUGAAAAGCCCAUCAAAGACAAACUGUCAUGCUGAAUUUCCUAAUCAUACAUGAAACAAUGAUUCUGUUUACUCAAGCAGAGUGUGCUUUGUAUUUGAAACAGUUUGUUGGCAGAGUUGUCAGUUCUGUAAUUACUUACAUGAAACAAAUUACUGUGACAUUUCACAAGUGCAGCAUCUUCUGCCAUUCAGCCAUUGUCUAGUUAUUUUAACAAUAUCAUAUUUAAGCUGAAGCACAUUUUGUACAAGAAAAUAGCAUCAGGAGCGAAGUAGCUACUGAAGAAGAAUAUUUUGUGCGUAUUUUCAAGAGUAAUUUAAAAAUUUUACCUAGCUGUUGUGUAGGCCUGAUUGAUUUUUGAUUUUUCAAAUUCAGACUGGGAAAUGUAUUUCUUCAGGUCUGGACAUCCAACACGCCCAGUUUGGCAUGAUUAUACAGACGCUAAGUGAUAUCCCUUCAUCCCAGCACAGGAAAGUCGAAAAUAAAAGCUCUCUGAUACAGAAGGUUAUAAGCAAGACCUAGGGCAGAGUUGAUGUUCCUACCUUAGUUGUGUAGCAGAUAUGUGUUACGUGAAAAUGAGUGAAGUUCUUGAGUCAUAAACAGUCCGAACUAACAUCAGGUUGUGGAGACGGAGAAUCUGGCAUCUGUCAUGUUUCAGAGAGCAGUGAUCUUCCUGCCACAAACGUCCAAUAAAUGAUAACAGUCAUUUAAACUGUAUUCUUUCGGGAUAACACAAAGAUGCUUGUCACCUGUUUUUUUCUGCUGAUAUUAAUUCUGUACUCCAGAAGGGAAUCAGAAUUGUUGAAAGGGAGUAUAGUAGGUACAUUGUGCGUUUUUAUGGUAAAAGCUAAACGCUUUGAAAUUUGGAAACUGUUUUUUUUUGGAGCGUGGUAUUUCCGUGGAAUAGCUUAAAGCAAGCAACAGUACAGGCUGAGGUGUUGAGAUCUUGCUAAGGUGUUGUCAUUUUUGUGUCACAAGGAUGGGAGCCAAUAGAUUUAGCUCUGAUCAGGAAAUAGCACACUUGUUCAACUCGCAGGAAGGGCUGAAUAUUACAUAGACUGAGUAUUAUGUCAUUGGCUUCAGAAAAAAUACACAAUAAAAUGUAACCCUUUUUACAUUGCCCCAUGAGGGCUAUUGCUCAAUAACAGUGACACAAUAACAGGAGAAAGCAGGUCAAUUACCUACAGUAUAUGUUUUUAGUAUAUAUAGCUAUAUAUAUUUAGAUUGGUGUGCUAUAUAAUUGUGUGUUUUGUAUUAUUUUCAUUUAUUUACAGUAAAGCGUGUGGUUCAUUUUUAAUAAAUGGUGUGAUUUUGUGGUUCCAGUCCAGGGACUACAGACAUAAAGUUACUCAAUGAAACACUGUUCAAUAAAAAAAUCAAAUAAAA